AUGGAGAGGAGGAUGUGGAUGUCCGUUUGGCUGCUCGCGGCGAUGCUCGGCGCAGUUUCCGUCGGCGGCCUGCCGCUGUCGACGUCGGGGCGGUGGGUGGUGGAUGGCGGCGGCGGGCAGCGGGUGAAGCUGGCGUGCGUGAACUGGCCGGCGCACCUGGAGCCGGUGGUGGCGGAGGGGCUGUCGAAGCGGCCGGUCGACGAGAUAGCGAAGGCGAUACGCGGAAUGGGGUUCAACUGCGUCCGCCUCACCUGGCCCACCUUCCUCCCCACCGGCGACGCCUCCCUCGCCGGACUCACCGUCCGCAGCUCCUUCAGCCGCCUCGGCCUGAACUCCGCCGGCGUCCAACGCCACAAUCCUGCGCUUAUCGAUCUCCCCCUCCUCCAAGCGUUUCAGGCGGUGGUUUCGAGCUUGGAAGAGAACGACGUGAUGGUGGUCUUGGACAACCAUCUGAGCAAGCCUGGGUGGUGCUGCAGCAGAACCGACGGCAACGGCUUCUUCGGCGACACCUACUUCGACCCGGGCCUGUGGGUCGAAGGCCUUCGGAGGAUGGCGGCUCUCUUCCGGUCGCACCCGAACGUCGUCGGCAUGAGCUUGAGGAACGAGCUCAGAGGGUCGAGACAGAACGUCGACGACUGGUUCAGGUACAUGCAGAUGGGGGCGGAGGCCGUGCACGCGGCGAACCCCGACGUGCUGGUCAUCCUCUCCGGCCUCAACUUCGACUCCGACCUCGGCUUCCUGUCUAGCCGGCCGCUCAACGUGAGCUUCUCCCGCAAAAUCGUGUUCGAGAUGCACUGGUAUUCCUUCACCAACAGCGGCACGUGGGCCGGAGAGAACGCCAACGAUGCCUGCGGGAGCCUCUCCGGCGGCAUCAGCCACCGGGUCGGGUUCCUGCUCGACAGGGGAUUUCCCCUGUUCUUGAGCGAGUUCGGGAUGGAGCAGAGCGGAAGAAACGAGAGGGACAACCGGUUUUUCAGCUGCGCCUUGGCCUACGCCGCCGAACAUGACUUGGACUGGGCGCUGUGGGCGCUGCAGGGGAGUUACUAUCUCCGGCAAGGGGUGGCGGACUCGCCGGAGGCUUAUGGAAUGCUCACGUCCGAUUGGUGGAGCGUUCGGAAUCGAACUCUGUUAGGAAGAAUUCGAUCGAUUCAGCAACCAUUUCGCGGUCCCGGCGUCGCUGCUGUUCCUCCCUACAAGACGAUCUUGCAUCCAUUAACAGGGCUCUGCGUCACGAUCGACUCGUCCUCCCGUGGCCUCGCCCUCGCCGCCGGCCCGUGCGGCCAGCAGUGGCGCUACGGCGACGACAGGACGCUGUCGCUGGCGGACUCGUCUGCCUGCGUGACCGCCGUCGGGGCAGGGAAGCCGCCCAGGGUGGGGAACUGCGGCGGAAGCGGAGGAGGAGGGAGCUCCGCCGCCUCCACGUGGGUGCUGGCGUCGGCGUCGCACAUGCACGUGUCGACCAGAGUGGAAGGGGACAAUAGGACGCUGUGCAUGGACGUCGGCGGCGACGGCCGGAGCGUGGUGACGAACCCGUGCCGGUGCAUGGGCGGCGACGCGAAGUGCGACCCGGAGGGGCAGUGGUUCAGGCUGGUCACCACCGCCAGGCUCGUCGGAUGA